AUGGCCACUCCAAACUCUCUCCCUUUAUGUGAAAAAAUUUCACGUAGAAGCGCUGCACAGAGAGCCAUUGAUGUCAUAAUCCUCUUCCUUCUCCUUUCUCUCCUCGUUUAUCGUUUCCUCUUCCUCAACGACCAUGGCCUCACUUGGCUCCUCGCCUUCCUAUGCGAAUCAUGGUUCACCUUCAUUUGGGUUCUAGUCAUGAACAUCAAAUGGAAUCCUGUUGGAUACAAAACAUACCCGGACAACCUCUUGCCAAGGGUAACCGAGCUUCCCUCGGUAGACAUGUUUGUGACAACUGCAGAUUCUGUGCUUGAACCUCCUAUCAUCACCAUAAACACCGUGCUCUCUUUGAUGGCGGUUGAUUAUCCAGCUAACAAGCUAGCUUGCUAUGUUUCCGAUGAUGGCUGCUCUCCUCUCACCUUCUACUCUCUUGUCGAGGCCUCAAAGUUUGCCAAGCUUUGGGUUCCAUUCUGUAAGGAGAACAAUAUUCAAGUGAGAGCUCCUUUUAAAUACUUUUCUGAUGACUCCCUAACCUUCAGUGAUAGCUCUAAUUGGGAGUUCCAGCAAAAAUGGAAAAGUAUGAAGGUUGAGUAUGAGCUGCUUUGCCAUAAAAUUGAGGAUGCCGCCAAAAAGUCCAGGCCAUGUGAUUUUUUGGGGGAAUUCGCAGAGUUCUCAAAUGUAGAACGCAAAAACCAUCCAACUAUUAUCAAGGUUAUUUGGGAGAAUAAGGAAGGUCUUCCAGAUGGAUUAUCGCAUUUGGUGUAUGUAUCUAGGGAGAAGCGAGAUAAGCAUCCACAUCAUUACAAAGCAGGUGCCAUGAACGUUCUAACGAGAGUCUCCGGAUUGAUGUCGAAUGCUCCCUAUAUGUUGAAUGUAGACUGCGAUAUGUUUAUUAACAAUCCAAAAGUUGUUCUUCAUGCAAUGUGUCUGCUGCUUGGUUCCAAGAGUGAAAAAGAAAGUGCAUAUGUUCAGUUCCCACAGAUGUUCUAUGAUGGAUUAAAGGAUGACCCAUAUGGCAAUCAGCUCGUGAUUUUGUUUGAAUACAUAAUGCACGGAAUGUCUGGAAUUCAAGGACCUCAUUACGAUGGAACAGGAUGUUUCCAUAGACGUAAAAUUAUUUACGGGCUAUCUCCAGAUACUAUGGAAUCAAUUAACAGAAAAUUGGAUGAGGAUAAGCUUUUAGAAUUCGGGAGUUCAAAGGAGUUGAUUAAAUCAAUAGCUCAUGCUUUGAAAGGGAAUAAAGAUCCACCUGACCAUCUUUGGGACUCCAUUGAAGCAGCACAUCAAGUCGCCAAGUGCGACUUCGAAUAUAGUACUAACUGGGGUACAGAGCUGUUGGGUUGGAGAUAUGGAUCGACCACAGAGGACGUCUUAACUGGGCUAGCAAUCCAUAAAAGGGGUUGGAGGUCUGUUUAUUGCACACCCGAUCCAUCGGCCUUUUUAGGAUGUGCACCCUCGGGUGGGCCUGCUGCAAUGACCCAACAAAAAAGGUGGGCCACUGGCAUGCUUGAAAUUCUAUUGAGCCGAAGUUGUCCCAUAUUUGCCACCCUGUUUGAGAAGCUCCAAUUCAGGCAGUGUAUGGCUUAUUUGUGGUUGUUCUCGUGGGGCAUACGCUCCAUUCCUGAGCUAUGCUAUGCUACUCUUCCAGUGUAUUGUAUCAUCACCAACUGUUUCUUCUUGCCAAAGGUUCAAGAACCAGCAUUCUAUGCACUAGUUGCUCUCUUUGUCAUUUACAACCUAUACACUUUAUCCGAGUACUUAAGAACUGGCCAGUCAGUUCGAGCUUGGUGGAAUAACCAUAGAAUGGCAAGAAUUACCACCAUGAAUGCAUGGUUCUUUGGAUUUCUGAGUGUCAUGUUGAAGCUCUUGGGAAUAUCAGAGAACGUCUUUGAAGUUACAAAAAAAGACCAAUCUAGUGAUGCUUCCAGUGAUGAUGAUGCUGGGAGGUUCACCUUCGACGAGUCCCCAAUUUUUGUGCCAGGUACAACCAUUUUGCUACUUCACUUGGCUGCCCUGGUUGUGAGCUUGUUGAAUUUGCAACCCCCCGCUCAUGAUAGGCAUGGGUCAGGGCUAGGGGAGGUCUUGUGUAGUGUGUGGUUGGUGCUAUGCUUCUGGCCAUUUUUGAAAGGGCUAUUUGGGAAAGGGAAGCACGGAAUUCCCAUAACUACCAUAUGCAAGUCAGCUGCAUUGGCAUUACUCUUUCUGCACUUGUGUAGAAAGACCACUAUGGGUUGA